GCGCCUAAGAAGCUCUCGGGGUUGCCAUGGCAGCGGAGGCUUGGGAAGAGAGGAAGAGCCUGGCUGCGGCGGCGGCGGCUGUUUGGCAGGUGGGUCUUGCCCACCUCGUCCCUCCUUUGGGCGGGAAGGAACAUCUGCCCUAAGACCCGGUUGGUGGUUGGUGGAAUGACACCAGCGUGGCAACAUGGUGACCUUGCUGGUUAACCAAAACUACAUGGAGUCUCUGCGGAAGGACAUCACGGAUCUGCAGGGAACCGUCCUCAGCGUCUUCACCCGAGCCGGGGCUGUUCGCUACCCGUCCUGGAAGUUUCCUGAUAAGUUGUCCUGUGACCUGGACUUGGUUGCUUUGCUUGAGCACUACGACUUUGCACAGAAUGACCCUGAGUUUACCCAUCAUUCCCAUGUGGUUCUUCUGGAACUAGUGAUUGACAGGUUGCUGCUGCUGCUCCAAAGCUUCACCAGAUACACGGAGAACCUUAUCAGUGAACAAGCUGUGCCCCCAUCCAGAACAACGGGACCAUGCAUGUCUAUCGGGCUGGCUGUGAAGAAGUACUGGAACAGCAUGCUGAAAUUGGGGUCCCUCUACCAGCAGCUGGCUUCUGAGAAAAAACACAGCAGAGAGGAUGCUGUUGGCACAAAUGCUUCCUUCCAGGAGGUGAAAGCUGAGAACGAGUCUUUAAAAAUCUGCUUCUCGGAGUCAGAUGUGACUUUGCCCAGCUUCCGGUCCUCCCCUUUGACCUCAUCGGCCAGCAGCAGGCUGCUGGACGGUUGCCCCGCCACCUCCUCAGAGGCACCGCCAGCCCAGGGGGCCGCCAAGCCCAUCUGCAGCACCCACUGUCAGACCAUCGAGUCAUCCCUGGUGCCUUGCGACGCAUGCGAGAGGGCGCAGCUCAGCCUCCGGGAAGUGGGCAGCGCCAUCAUCGGCAUCUGCAACAGCCAGAACCUCCCGUCGUCUCUGAGCAGGUUCCUGGAGAUGGUGGAGGAGACCCUGGGUCGCAAACCACUCACGGCUGUGGACAUCAGCUACUGGGCGUCCGAGCAAAGCAAGGACCUCUCCCGGAUCAACAAGCACCUCCGGAAGCUGAUGGAACUCAUCAACCCUCUGAAGGGGGAGCUGGAAGAGUCUGAGAAGGAGAAGGGUGAGCUCAAGAGGCAGCUGGAGACUUUUGACAGCCGCCUUCAGAAGGAAAGAGAGGAGCAGGAGCAGAAGAGGAAGGAGGCAGAGCAGGCGUUUGAAAGAAGGAAUACGGAGAACCUGCAGAUGAUGGCCACCCUGAGGAUGGGCAAGGAGGACCUCCAAAAAAAAGCCGCUGCCUUGGAGCAGAACGUUUCCACCUUGAAAGAGAAGCUCCAACGGCAGGAAGACACCAUCCAAGGGCUGGAGCGAGCGAAGCGUGAGCUGUUGCAGGAGUUAAGGGAGACGAAGGUGUGCAAAGCAGAGGUGGACAAGCUGAAGGACCAGCUUGGGGUCCUCACGAGCCAACUGGAGAGUACCAAGCAGCAGCUGAAUGGGGCCAUCACUGAGCUGGAGAAGGAGAAGGCCAAAGCUGAGAGCGUGCUCCGGCACAAAGAGUCCCUGCAGACCAAGCAAAUGACUCUGAUGAAGCAGCUGGAUAAUUUGGACCAGGAGUGUGAGCAGCUGAAGACCAGCCUGGCUGACAGGGAGGAGGACCAGUACAUCUUGAAGGAGAGGCUGAAGGAGAUGCAGGAGGAGAAGUGGGAGAUCCAGCACCAGCUGGCAGCCCAGCAGAAGCAGACAGAGCGAGCGCAGAAGGAAAAGCUGAGCCUGGAGCAGCGUGUGUCUGAGCUGCAGACAACCGUCUCUGAGCUGAAAGAGCUGAUUGAGGAACUGAAGGACAGGGAGAGGCUGCUGGUCCUCUUCCCAGACCUUCACAUCCCUGUUGAGGCACAGUAUGAAGGCACUGGGGACGUCAUGGAGGAUAUGGGCAAGCAGCUUCAGGCCAACAACAUUCGUAUCAGCAUCCUGGAGGAAGAGAACUCGCGCCUCCGAACUGCAGUGGCCAAAAUGAGAGAGGCAGCGCAGCAGGAAGGGCCUAAGCUUGUUCCUACAACCCAGCUGUGGAAUCUGUCCUCUCCCCAAGACAGCGGGAUGCACACGCCAACCAGGCAUCCCGCACAUACGAGUGCCCAGGGAGCAGCGCUGAGGCCUCCUGCCAGCCCCAAGAGCCCAGGGAGCCCGACCCCACACAGAUCUAAGAGCACCCGCAAUGCCUCAAAGAACGGCUCCCCCUUCCGAAGCCAGCAGUCAAAGCCGUCUGCAGGAGAGGCCGCCCGGAAAGCGGCGUUCAUCUUCGCCUCUGAGGAACAAGCCAUCCGUGCCCACGCCCGGGGGAAAGGGAAAAGCAGGACUCCAGGCCACUCGGCCCGUUGCAACAGGAAACACCAGAAAUAACAAUAAAAAGGCCCUGCAGAGCAAGUUCAGAAGGUUGCCAACAUUUCCAAAGCAAAGCGGGGAGUGGGGGGGGGGUUUGGUGGCGAAGGGAGACCAAAUGGCUGGACCUCUCCCUGGCCGCAAAUAAUCACCGGUGCAAUGCUGUUCCUGUGCUCAGGUGGCCAUGCACCUUUGCAAUGGUGACUCCUCCAGGUGACCCUCACCAAAGUCUUUAUCGGUAAUUGAUGAGUUCACUAAGGCAAGGAUGCAGGAACCAUCUUUCUGAGUCUUUUGCCCUGCUCUGAGUUGCCAGGUGUAGUAACCUCCCUGCAAAAAAUCCAAACAAACCCACAGUAGCGUGGGGAAUUUGGCUUCCAUUUUAAAAAAUCAACCUCCCUCCCCCCAAAAAAUCAAUUACAGUUUGUAAAUGACAGAGAGGCGAGAAAGAGAGGAUAUUAGCUUCUUUCCCCUGAAAUCCAGUCCAUUGUGGUAGGACGGUCACCUGAGCACAGAACUGGCAUUCUUUGGCAGGGUGAGGAAGGUUCUCCAAGUGUGACUGGACCAAAAGCAGACUGGGAAGGUGGGAGUAAGAACCUCAACAAUAUGCAUGUCACAACUGUGAUGGCCAGGAGGGGCUGCGGCCAGGGGAACUUCUCCCUAGUUAAAGUAAUUUGUGUGUUUAGCUCUCCCGCAUCUUCCAACAGGAAAUGCAGUGGUGGAGGGGAUCCUCAGAGGGGAAGUGACCCAGUCAAGGAUCCCCUGCAGAAAAGAAGCAGAUCACUGUAACGCAGAUGUCCAAUUUUUCUUAGCUCCUUUUCUGACCUCGGGGGUAAAGUCAGAUGCUCUUCGUCUUAACUUGGGUGGAAAAGGCCAAGAACUCUUUCCUGCUAAAGGCUGCGUGUGGAUUCUAGACAAGAACACACAGCAAAAAAGCAGAGUAAACGGAGUUCAACAUUUGGAGAAUCUCAAUGUUGUUUUUAAAAGCAUGUUUCUAAACCUGUUUGCUGCAAGUACAGGCCUCCUAAGCCCUUCUGCCUUCCAGCUGCAUCGACUGCCUCCAGCUCCCCCUUGAGUGAGGCUUCCUAGAAUUAUUUUACAGUAUUUCUGAACCUUAUAACUCGUGCUUCACAAGAACAAAGUAGCUUCCAUUAAUUACAGUUGUGGACAUAAUUAAAAUAAUACCAUGUGCAAUAAAAUUAUGACAUCAAUCAA